AUGCCACAGUCCUUCUCCGUCUAUUCCUUUAUUCUCUGCCUCGUUCUCUCCAUUGCACGCCCUACUCAUGCCCUAAAUGGGGCCCCCGAGGCUCCUGCGGAUGCCGCGCCAUUUGCUGUCGCUCUGUAUAGGUCCGACGGCAACUUCCAGAGAUGCGGUGGCGUGCUGAUCAGCCCCUAUUCGGUCGUCACGGCAGACUCGUGCAUCCAAAAUCAAUCUCCAGAAACUCUGCUGGCCCAUGUUGGCAGCAAUAACCGCACCACCAGCGAUGGAAUGCGAAGCCUGACCGCCAUCACCCAGCAUCCUGACUAUGACAUCGACACCCGGGACUCUGACCUGGCGAUUCUGACUCUGAGUGAGCCAGCCUACGACGUCACAUUUGCUGUUAUCAACGAUUUCUCCACCAGCAUCGGUGCCAAUCUGACCGUGUACGGCUGGGGAUUCACAAACUACUCCAUUGGAAAAUAUCCCUUGUCACCUGUAUCCGUAAUCCAUACAUUAUGUAUGCCAAAGAGCGGUAACACAGCUGAAAAGAACCUGGAUGGUAGCUGA